AUGAAGUUCCUCUCCCUCCUCGCCCUCGCGGGCUCAGCUCUUGCACAGUACCCCGGCCCGGGCGAGUGCACAGGCGACUGCUGGGCUCACGAUCCAGGAUUCUACCAGCGCGUGUCGGACGGGCGGUACUUCCGCUACUCGACCGGCAAUGGCAUUCACAUCCACGCCUCGAACCAGCUGACGGGCCCGUGGGAGGCAGUCGGCGAGGCGCUGCCUGGUGGAUCGAGUGUUGAUCAUCCUGGGAAGGGCAACUUAUGGGCCCCGGACAUCCACUACCAGGAGAGCUCACAGACAUACUACAUGUACUACUCCGUCUCGACGCUCGGCUCGCGCGACAGCGUCAUCGGCGUGGCCUCCUCGCCCAACCUGCAGCCCGGCAGCUGGCAAGACCACGGCGGCCUCUUCCGCUCUGAGGCAAACGGGCCUUACAACGCGAUCGACGCAAACUGGAUCUCCGUCGGCGGGAAACAGGUCCUCGUCUUCGGCUCCUACUGGAACGGCAUCCACACCGUGGACCUGAAGGGCCCGCAGGCCAUUGCCGACGGCGCCCAGGCGAACCAGAUCGCGUACAACAGCACGGGGAACCAUGCGAUCGAGGCUGGCUUUGUGUUUUAUCGCCAGGGAUGGUAUUAUUUGACUUUCUCGAGUGGGCAGGCCGCGGAUUAUAUCAAUCGCCCCCCGGCUCAGGGCGAGGAGUACCGUAUUAACGUUUGUCGGAGCCGUGAUGCGACGGGUGGUUUUGUUGAUCGUGAUGGUCGCUCGUGUCUACAUGACAACGGGGGCACGACGCUGCUGGCCUCGCACAACGUCGUGUAUGGACCCGGCGGACAGGGCGUGUUCACGGACAAGCAGCGCGGCCUGACGCUGUACUACCACUACGCGAACAGGGACAUUGGGCUGGACAAGUCGCAGUUCCAGUUUGGGUGGAAUGUGCUGAAGUGGGCGGAUGGGUGGCCUACCGUAUAA